CCCCUUUAUAGCGGCUGUAAGACACACACACACACACACACACACACACACAGACAGUUCUGCUUUUUAAUCUCCAGUAAAGAUGCUGCAGAAAGUCAGAGAUCAGGUCAGGAAACAUCCAGGACUUAUUCCACAGUUUUUCUUCAUCUGUCUGGGCAUGGGUGGAGCGUUUCUUUAUUUGUUUCGUCUUGCCAGAGGACCUCAUGUCACCUGGGACAAGAGCAGUAACCCUGAACCCUGGAAUAAACUCAGUCCAAGCUACCAAUAUAAGUUUGUGGCCAUUAACACAGACUACAAAAACCUGAAGAAGGAAGGACCAGACUUCUGAACAUUUCACGGUUGUUGCUCAAGUACUUUAAUUAUGAAGAUGCUGAUAUGCCCUUGCACCUCACUAUUCUAAAGUUUUUACACAAAUGUGUGUGUUUUUAGGAAAAAAUGAUAUCCUCACAAACGCUGAUAGACAUAUUCAUUAGCAUGAGAUGAAAAGCGGAAUAAAAACUAGACUAGCUUUUCUUUUGUUUAUGCGCAUUAGAUGUUAAGCUUUCUAGAAAUCCCCAAAACUGCAGAGAUAACAUGACCUCUCUCUAGUGAGCAUGAGAAAGGGCGAAAGGAAGACGAGCAGAUGUAAACAGAACCUGAACAGCACAGACUCAUGGGAAGGAGAUCGAGCUCCCUCAGGACUGCUCUUCAGCUGUUUAGAAUGACACAUGGAGAACAACACACAGAUAUCUUUGUCUCUCUCACUAGCUCUAUAUCUGCACUUAUUAUUGUAACCAACUAUCAUCAUUCAUCUUCACGUUUUUUAGUACUGGCAAGGCAUACAGACAAACACAGGAAAUAGAAAAAUUACUCUACUGACCCCUAGAGACUUUCAAAUAAUAUAUACAUUUCUGUUGUUGUGGGUUUUUUUUUAUGUGAGCAUUUAAUCUUUAGUUACAGUACCGACCAAAAUCCUAUACACUGUGAAUCAAUCAAACAAAGAUAACUAAGACUUAUAUUUUCAGGGAAGUUUGACUCCACAAGGGGCUUCUGUACAUUGCAGGGUGGGCUAGAAUUUUGGUGCCUUUCAGUUCAUGAUAUGAAAUACUGAAUAUAACUAAUAGAAAAUGUAUUUUGUUCACGCAGUUGCAAUCUAAUAUUAGAAUUUUGCAUAUUCUUUUAUGAGAUUUUUUGUGUUUUUUGCAAGAUGAAUAAUGAAUAAAAAACACUGAAACUGAGUUGAUUUAAAACGUUACUCAUAAGAUGUGACAAAGGGGACUGAGACGUGCGGAUCCGUUCACACAGCUUUAUUACAAGACAUGUUCAAGAGAACAGUAAACAGGAAGCAAGAAUGUAAGAAUAUUCCAGACAAGCAGAGGUCAGCGAUCAGCAAACAGUGUCCAGAGACAUCUGCAUUUAUUCAGGCAAAAGAAGCCCCAGCUAAGUAUUGAGUCCUGGACAUGCUCAUACUUUUCAGUUGGCCAAGAUUUCUAAAAAUCCGUUCUUUGUAUUGGUCUUAAGUCAUAUUCUAAUUUUCCGAGAUACUGAAUUUGGGGUUUUCAUUAGCUGUCACUUAUCAUCAGAAUUAAAAGAAAUAAACAUUCAAAAUCUA